AUUUACUCUUUUUUUUUGUUUUUGCCUGUUGGUAUUUGCAAAGGUUUUCUGAGUAAAAGAGGAUUAGAAAAGUUUGUCGACGUGUCUUGUAACUUCUUUGAAUCUCAGGAACUUGGGAGGAUCCUCACGGUGGAAGAGCCACAGCAGAAAAACACAGACCUCACUGACUCACCCUCCAAAGUUGCACCAAAAGGAUCUGUCCAACACCUCCCUGCCUUGGAGGGUGAGCAGCCCGAAGAUUCCAAGGGAAAAGGCCCAGUUGAGGCUUUCCCUGUGCAGGUGGAUCUAACCACGAAUCCCCAGGGAGAAACCCUGGAUGUCUCCUUUCUCUUCCUGGGGCCUAUGAAGGAGCAGCUGGUUGUCUUGCCUUUCCCCAAGGAAGAGCAACGCUCUGUCAAGUGCCCAGCUGCAGCCAAGGUGGCCGACCCUCCUGUUCUCCCACCAUGAGAAUCACAUAGACUAUUCCAUGGGGACACGGUGCCCUGAAGAAGUAGUGGGGGUGGGAGACAGACAGAGAGUUUGAUUGUGGAGAGUGGCUAAUAAAGUGUGUCUUUUUGACUCUU